UGAGAUAGGGUUACUUCAAAACACAUGCCUUUGAUUACUUUAGAAACUUUUGUCCAAUAUUUUCUGCACCAUCUUUAUAGUAAGGGCUCUCACUUUCCGCCAGAUAAUUCCUUAAGGGCUAAACAUUAAACCACACAAGUUCUCAGAAGAUAAAGCAGCUACAUGGUAAAGACUAUACAGCAUAUGCUCCAAAACCAUUGAUUUUAUAGAUUACUAUAUCAUCCACCAUUCACUACUUUGAUCAAGUCUAACCAAUCACUCCAAUCAAAAGUAGCAAGAAGCCAUUAAGGAACUUGAGCACUUUGCAGAAUAGGGCCACAUCUAUUUAGAACUCUCUCAAACAGUGUUGCAAUUUCAAAAGCAAAACCAUUCAAACACAAACAUCUGAAGUAACACACCUUUUGCAAAUUUCAAUAACAAACAAACUGGCUCCACUAUCCCCUCUAUCAAAAGCUUUUUUUCCUUUUACUUGCUUUAACCAAAUUCCUAGUUUAUUUAAAGAAACAACCAUCUUCCUCUUCUUCCUUCAUUAUUUGUUUCAGCUGCUCUUCUUCUGGCUAUUUUGGCAGAGAUGCUACCCCUUCCUCCUCCACCUGCAUCUCCAAUACCUCCUUCACCACUACUACAAGCCCAAAAGCAAACUAAUCCCCUUCCUCCUCCACCUGCAUCUCCAAUACCACCUUCACCACUACUACAAGCCCAAAAGCAAACUAAGCCACACUCUCUAAAUCAAAUUAUCAUAUCAAAGUAUGCCCAGAAUCAAGGCCUGGUGCUCGAUGCAGCAGCAAAUCAUGAAUCCAGAAAAUCAGAAAAACAACCUAUGCUCCGGCCACCUCAGGCUCGACGAACCAAUCCACUUAUAUGGUGUUGUGCAAUAGUAUGUCUCAUAUUCAGCCUUAUUCUUAUCUUCUUUGGAAUUGCAACUUUGAUCAUGUUCCUUGUUGUUAGACCUAGAAUUCCAUUGUUUGACAUUCCUAAUGCAAAGCUCAACACCAUCUACUUUGACUCACCAGAGUAUUUCAAUGGUGACUUCGCUUUAUUGGCAAAUUUCUCCAACCCAAAUCGGAAAAUAGAUGUAAGAUUUGAGUAUCUGCAGAUGGAACUGUACUUUUCUGAUAGGCUCAUAGCAACUCAGUCUCUUGACCCUUUCACACAAAGACCUCGAGAAGGAAGGUUGGAAGCAGUUCACUUGGUAUCCAGCUUGGUUUACUUGCCUGAGAAUCACGCUGUGGCGCUUCGAACCCAGGUGCAGAACAAUAGAGUCGACUAUAAUAUAAGAGGAACAUUUAGAGUGAGAGCCAGUCUGGGACUGAUCCACUUUUCCUACUGGUUGCAUAGCAGAUGCCAAUUACAGAUGACAGGUCCACCGACUGGUGUUUUAGUUGCCCGAAGUUGCAGAACUAAAAGAUGAUGAUGAGAAGCAAAACUUGUACCAUCUUUCUUUCUUCUUCUGUCUGCAUUGAGAUCUAAAUGGAAUUCUUGGUGUAUAACAGUGAGUGUAUAAUAUAUUAAUAUGAUACAUGAACAUUCUAUCCUACAACAAAUGAAGUUUGUUUUGUGAUAUUAUUGAUUGUAUUGAAAAAAACAUAGGAGAAAAAUCAUCAUUUGCCAAUGCAAUAGUACAUAAUGAAAGAAGUCACAAACAGAGGAAACAUGAUAAGAUCCUCUGCGCAAGGUAAAAAAAAAAAAGGAGUCCUCAGUGUUUCCCCUGACAAAUUGGAACUCUUUUUGAGGGAGGAAGAACUAGAAUUCUACUUGAGAAAAACAAGAGAGUAGCAAGAAUAUUGUUUGGAGAAUCAACUAGGAUCCUGCGCUGAUCUCCGCAUAAACUCUCUCCAUUCUUAAUAUUUGCACAAUAUUCAACUACGGUGUACUUGUUUAUUCACCAAAAGAAUUCAUAUAAAAAGCAUUAAUUGAUCCAAAACUUUAGAGAAACUACAGCCAGAGAAGGAACCAAAAUAAUAGCUGGGAAUCCAACUCCAGCAUUGUACAUAGAGGGUACAUUCUUAAAUAGUCCUACUCUGAAGUGUCCUCCUAAUCAGUAAGCACCGAACAUACCAUCACUGGUUAGAUUAAUCAACAAUUCAAAUAUCCAUAAAAAUUGAAAGAGCUAAUCUUUAAUCUAAAGAAACAACAGAAAGGUCACAGUCACGUGUUCUUGUAAUGGACAGCUGGUUCAACACAAUACAUUUACUUUUUUCUUUUUCUUUUUUAUACUUCUGUCUUCUUAUGCCCAACCACUGUUAUGAACAUACUGUAAAUCUCCCACUAUCAUGAAAAGUAGAUACCACACUGUAUAUCUCCCACUAUCAUAAUCCUCUCCUAUCCACCUUGUCUAACUGCAAGCAUAAAACUCACACAGGAAGUCCCUACAUUCACUGACUGAAACAGCCUGCACAUGACAACUAGCCCACCUCUAUACUUUGCAUAAGAAAAGAAGAAACGGAAAUCAAACAGUACUAGAAUUUGCAGCAGAAGGCAAUACCAUAAGAAAGUCUAAACUGCCUCAUAGGAAACUCCACUCCUGUUUAACAUGACCAUGAGCUUGGUUGAAGCAGAUAGCUAGUUGACAAAGAGCACAUCUCACCAAAAAAUUAGCAAUUACCAUUUGAGUGCUAAAUCAUAUCUGAACCUACCCUAGUAUUCCUAUCAGUCCUAAAGUAUAUCCGGCAUCUUAUGUUAAUCAACGUAAUAAAGAACCUCAACCACAAAAAAUAUAAAUAACUAGACAGCACAAGGAUCCACCGAUAUUUGAUAUAAAGUUUCGAGACAAAGUAAGUUCUCAAUCUAAACUUUUAGACCACUAUGUGUACAUUACUUCUGAAAAUUCAGAGCAAUAACCACAUAAAACGAUCCAUAAAACAAUAUGUGA